AUGUCUCGCAAGCCGUCUCAGAAGGACGAUAUCCGAGGCCAGCUCUCGGAUAUACAGAAGAAGCUUUUCGGUACCAAGGAUAAGACACCAAGUGUGGGCGUUUCUGUCAAUGAAUCUCAGCCAAUCACUCAACCAUCUGCCGGUGCAAGUGUUCGAAGGCUGUCCUUAGUACCACAGAGCGGAAGAUCUGGAGGUCUUUCAAAGAACAAUAUGGUGAUUCCGCAACCAGCACCAGCAUUAGGACCCGAACUGAAAGGCCAUGACAUGGAUUUCGUCGUUGGUUUAAGUGAAAAUCUCUUGAGUGAAUGUCGUCGCUUGACAGCAGAAAACUCAAAGAUGAAGUCGAAGUUGAAAAUACUGUAUGAGGAAAUAGCUCAGUACAAGAGCCAGGUUGUCAAUUUGCAAAACUCAAAGUCGUUUGCAGUGACAGCCGAGUCAGAGUUGAAGGACAAAAAUUGGGAGUUGGAAGCAUCACUUUCGAUUCUCAAUGAACAACUAGACCAACUCAAGGCAGCAAACGAAAAGUUAGUCAAAUCUCACAAUGAGUCGACUCUCCGCAUAUCUUCGCUUCAAAGAGAAAAUGACGAGUUGAAUUUGAAAUCAGCUACACUCAGUACUAACCUACGUCAAGUCCAAGACACGUACGAGAGAGAAGUCACAGAAUUGAACACAAGAAUCCUGACGCUUAAUGACGAAAAUGAUAACUUGCAUAUUCAAAUAACGGAGAUGAGGGACACCGCAGCAACUGCGCUGCUUGCCAAACCCCAGUCAGACAGGUUUAUUGACACUCAAGCUACUGUGAAUGAGUCCACUGAUGAGCCCCAGGAUCUCGAUAGUAUUUUGCAGGAAUCAACCGAAGUGCAAAGGGCCAUUGCAAUUGACCCAAAUAACUCCGAUUUAAGAGUUGAAACUCUUGUGGCGAAUUUGGAGCAUUCACAGAAAACUAUUUCUAAACUCAAGUCAGCCCUACUCAAGAUGAAGAUGGAAAAUGCAGAAAAUUCCGUGGUUUCUGAAUCCUUCGUCUCCAAAAAUACCCCUAAAAGUUCUAAAAAGCUCAAGCACAAAGAUUUGAUUGUCGGUCCAGCGGCUAGAUCAUCGAACUUGUUUUCUCCAUCUAAAAGAAACUCAAAGUAUAUUAUCAUGAACGAAUUGGAUGCUCAAAACUCAGCGUCCUCUGAUCGUUGGCCUCAAGAAGACAACUGGGAUGACUACAUUGGCAACGAGGAGUCUACCACUCCCUCAAAGGCGCAGCGGAAAAUCUUUGAUGACCAAGAGGGAAGCGAGGAUAAAAGCGCCUUCCUGGCUACUUCGGAAGAUAACCCUCUCGUACAUUCUUCCUAUUUGCAUGACUCGUCCUCUGACCUGGAACCGGAUGUUCGUAUUGAAAAGCAUCGUGUCCUUUCUCACGAACUUUCUAAAGCAGCAGGGGAAAUUACUGAGAAGCAGGUUGAAGAUUACGCCAGGGAGAAUAACUUAGUGUUGCUUAGCCUGGAUGCAUAUACUAAACUUGAGUAUAACGACAUUUCCUCUGCCCCUCUCGAGAGACUAGUCUCGGUUGUUGAAGGUAAGGGAUUUGUGUUGCUUUCUCAACAAGAGCAUAAAGCUCUUUUAGAUGAGGAAGAAAUGAAGAAACGGUUGGAGAGUAAGGGAUUAGUCACCAUCGAUUCUGAAGAGUUUAGCACAUUGAAGGAUACACGCACGAAGUAUGAUAAUCCUGAUCUUUCCUAUCUUUCACAGAAGUUGAUGACCCAAGGUUAUGAACCAAUUGAGUCUAGUUACUUGAACGAUCUUAAAACUACGGAAAGAUUGCUUGAAUCUCCUUCUAAAGCUUAUUUGGUUUCCAAAUGUAAGGCUGCCAAAUUAAGUGCAAUCCCUGAAGAAGAACUCACACUACUCAGAGAAGUGAAGACAGAUCAUGAGAAACCUUCCUCCGAGUACUUGACCGAAAAAGCUAAUGAGCUAGGUCUUGUUGUGACUUCAGCGAAGCUCUAUGAUGAGCUAGUUGAGAAAGCAAACUCACCUUCAAAAGACCAUUUGGAGUCUAAAGCAUCGGAUGCUGGGUUUGCUAUGCUACCUAGUCACGAGUACAAAGAGCUUGUUGAUCCUCCAAUUGAAAAGUUAUCACAACAUGCUCGGGAUCGUGGCUAUGUAUUACUCUCCGAACCAGAACAUUCUGAUCUACACAGAAUGGCACAUUCGCCAACUAUUGAGCACUUGAAAUCUAAGUCUGAUGAAAAUAACCAUAAAUUGUUGCAUCAUGAUGAAUUCGAGGCUUUGGUUACCCCAUCCCUUGAAAGUAUAACUUCUCGAGCUGCUGCAUUUGAUUGUGCCGUUGUGAGGACCGAGGAGCUCAACGCAUUGAAACAAUCAGCGACCUCGCCUACCCUCGAGCGCAUAAAAGAGUUGGCCACUGGCCACCAAGUCAUUCCGAACGAAGAGUUUGAGCAGUUGUCUCAAUUGGCGAAGAACCCAACACGCGCUCAAGUUCAGAAGAACGCUGAACAACAUCAGCUUGUGACACUUCAUACUGACGAGUAUACAAACCUUUUUAAGCAGGCGAAUGACCCACUGAUUGAGUUCAUUACGUCCAAAGCUGCAGAAAAGGCUUAUGAUGUUGUCAAAGCCUCUUACCUUGCAAAUCUCAAAAAUGAGCUCGAUUCUCCUAAUGUGGAAUAUUUGAGACUGAAAGCAGAAGAGCAAGGACACGCUAUACUUGAAGUUCUGAAGUUGCGUGACUUGGAAUCUUUGGCGCAUGAACCAGAUGUGGCCCAUAUCGAGAAUAAAGCAAAGGCCAGGGGCCUUGCUGUUCUUGAAGCGCAAACAUUAGAAAAUAUGCAAAAGGAACUUGAGGAGCCGCUGUUAGAAUCACUAAAAUCUCAUGCGUCCAAAUUUAGCCAUGUUUUGCUUCCUGAACUGGAAUUUGAGGAGAUGGAACGCAAAUCAACCAACCCAACAAUGGAGGAUCUUGAGUCCCAUGCGAAGUCACUUAAUCAUGAAUUGAUAGAUAAAGAUGAAUUAUCACAAAUCAAAGAAGCAGCUCGGAAACCAACUUUAGAACAUAUCAGAUCGGUUGUUGGAGAUUACGGCCAUGAAAUUGUGCAUAAACAUGAACUUGAAGAACUAGAAAGGUUGAGUCAUGAUCCUGACGCAGAACAUGUGUCACAACGCGCAAAGAAAUUGGGAUUGGAGACAAUACUUGCUGAGCACCUCGAAAGUUUGAAAGUCCAGGCAAAUCUGCCUGAUAUCGCUCAUAUUACUGAAAAAGCUAAAGAUUAUGAUCAUGUUGUUAUACCCACCAAGGAGUUCUUCGAUCUUAAAAGGUCUGCAGAAGAGCCUACAAUUGAUGACUUAAGAGACCGUGCGCAAACAUUGAAACAUGUCUUAUUGAGCAAGGAAGAUCAUGAACAGCCAACAAUUGAAUAUCUUCAGGAGAAGGCUGCACUCUACAACCACAUUCUCAUCUCGUCUGAUGAGCAUAAGGAUUUGGUUGAACAUAUCGAAAAUCCCUCUAGAGAAUUCAUCGAGAACAAAGCACAGAAGCUAAAUUUGGUUGUCGUUCCUGAAGAGGAGCAUAAAGAUAUCCUAUCUAAGAUCAUGACCCCAUCUAAGGAGUAUAUUCACUCGAAAGCAUCUGCUCUUGGAUUGGUUGUUCUUGAGGACGAGGAGCACAAGCGAGUCAUCUCUAUGUUGGAGUAUCCUUCGGAAAAGUAUCUUGAAGAAAAAGCUACCAAAUAUGGUUCUGUUCUUUUCGAUAAAGACGAGCUUGAAAAGUUGCAAAGCGUAGCGGAAAAUCCGCCUUUGGACUUCAUUAAAUCAAAAGCCUCUGUACUAGGACUCAUAGCACUUGAUAUCGAGGAAUAUCACAAGAUGCAAGAUGAUAUUAACUCGCCUCUGUCGGAGCGUAUGGAGAGUUUCGCUCUGUCUCAUGGAAUGAAGCUUGUGGCUAAAGAAGAUUUUGAUAGAUUACAAAAGGAAGUUAAUUCCCCUACAAAGGGAGCAUUGGUUUCAAAGUUGGAAGCUUUGGGAUUUACGGCUGUUAUCUCUUCUGAAUUAACGGAGCUUACUAGAAAGGCGACUUCUCCAACUAUUCUGGAGAUAUCUGUGAUUGCAGGUAAGCAAGGUCAUCAUGUUUUGCCUGUCAGCGAAUUCCAAAAUUUAGUUUCUCUUACGACGAAUCCAUCGUUAGAACACCUCAUUGAGAAGGCUUCUGAUCAAGGUUAUAUUCUAAUGCCUGAAGCUGAGUCUGAACAACUCAAGGAGGCUGCCGCGAAUCCCUCCGCGGAUGUUAUCAACAAAUCGCUCGCUAGCCAAGGUGACUGCAGGGUCAAUAUAACUGAGUUGGAAAGAUUACGCAACAAUGCUGAAAAUCCAUCAAUCGAGCUAAUUUCAGAGAAAGCUGCAGUGUUGGGCUACGAGAUCAAAACCAAGUCAGAGUUAGCGGAGCUUAAAACUUUGGCGUAUGAGCCGUCAGUUGAGCAUAUUGAGGAAGUUGCCCGGUCUAUGGCUUACGCUGUAAUUCCGAUCGAUAAGUUAAAUGAGAUGAAACUAGCAGCCUAUGACCCGUCCAUUGAACAUUUAGAAAAUAUUGCAAAGAAGCGUGAUCUCAUCGUUUCAUCUAAAUCGGAAUGGUCAUCUAUGAAGGGAUUGGCCUAUAAUCCUGAUAUCGAUCAUGUGCGGCAAUCCGCUACAAAUCAUGGAUUCAGUCUCAUCAAGUCUUCGGAGUUGGAAUCUUUGCAGGCUCUCGCUCAUAAGCCGGACCACGGUCAUGUGAAAAAGGUCGCCGGAGCAAUUGGCCUUAUUGCAAUUGCUACUUCCGAAUUCGACCACAUUUCUAAAUUAGCUCAUGAACCUGAUGUCGUGCAUUUGAAGAGGCAUGCUGAUAUUAAUGGGUUUGAAAUGAUUGAUAAGGAUGAGCUUCUUCACUUAAAGAGAUCGAUUGAAGAUCCUUCUUUUGACUACCUUUCCAGUCAUAUCUCAGGAUUGGGUUACGUGGCUGUACCUAGUCAAGAGUUCGAAAGACAUUUGGAGGAUAGGGAGAAGGCCAAGGGAAUGAAGCUUGUUCCAAAUGAGGAGUAUGCAAAACUCAACCAAAUCGCAGAACAUCCAUCUCUCGACUUCUUGAAGGAUAAAUCCAAGGAGCAUAAAUGUGUCAUUCUAGAUAUUACUGCUUACAAUGAAUUGAAGGAAAAGGUGGAUAAACCCGAUAUUGACUUUUUGAAGCUCAAAUCUAGAAAUCUCGGUUACGAGCUAGUUAAUGAGAGUGACUACAACCAACUAGUUCAUACAAUCGACUUCCCAACGAGAGAUUAUUUAGCUGAGAAGGCUGCAGAACAACAACUUUCGUUAAUUGAGACAAAUGAAUUGAGCUCUUUGAACGAGCAAAUUAAGGUUCCUUCGGUAGAAUAUCUACAAGAGAAAGCUCAUGAGCGUGAAUUUACUCUUAUCACUGAAGUCGAACUUGAAAAGUUCAGAAAGCAAAUCGAGAAUCCGGAUAGAGAGUUUUUGGAGCUCAAGGCUGCUGCAAUUGGUUUCACUCUUCUUUCUGACAGAGAAUUGAAUACAUUGAAACAACACAGCGAGAAUCCGUCACAAGAUUUCUUACACGAAAAGGCUGAUCAACGUGAUCAAAGUCUUAUAUCAAAGUCGGAGCUUGCUUCUUUUAAACAAGUUUCUGAGUCCCCAUCCGAAGGAUUCAUCAAAGAGAAAGCUACCAUUUUGGGCCUAUCUGUCUUGUCUUCGUCCGAGCUUGACUCUUUGCGUAAAACGAUUGACUCACCUUCAAUCGAGUUCAUCAAAGAGAAAUCCCGGGCGCUUUCUCAUACAGUAGUAUCUAAUGAGGAAUUAGAGGAACUUCGAGGCUUGUCUGAGAAUCCAGAUGUUGAGUUCUUGACACAGAAGGCUAUUGAUAAGUCCUUGAAAGUGUUACCAUUAGCCGAUUAUAAUAGCUUGCUUGAGCAGGUGAACCAGCCUUCGGUGGCCCAUCUCAAAGAAAAGGCCAAAGAAAAUGGUCUAGAAGUUGUGGAUGCGGAAUCUUUGGAUUCCAUGAAAAAGUCCAUUGAAGAACCUUCGCUAGAAUUUUUGCGUGCAAGGGCCGAAACGCAGGGUUUUCAUCUUCUUCCAGUAUCAGAAUUUGAACUGUUGAAGGAAAAGGCGGAUAAACCGUUCUCCGAAGUAGCCCGUGAAGCAGGCUACACGACCAUUCCCGACGCGCAAUUUGCAGACUUGAACCGUCUGAUCGAAGAACCCUCGCUUGAGUACUUAAGCGAGCAUCUGCAUAAGAAGGGGUGCAUAUUAUUACCUGUUUCGGAACACGAUUCCCUAGUGAAACUUGCAAAUGAACCAGAAUUAGAUCACAUUGCAGAGAAGGCGAAACAAUUGAACUACUUUGUUGUUUCUAGUGCAGACUACGAAGACUAUCAGACACCUUUGGAGGAAAAGAUUGAUAGGGCUGGGAUGGUCCCAUUGAAGAAACAGGAUCAUCGGAACUUACUCAGGGCUAUCGAAACUCCGUCUUCAGAGUACUUAAAAGAAAGAUGCGCCAGUUGCGACUCAGUUAUGGUCCCUGUAUCCGAAUAUGAAGCCUUGCAGAAGUUGAGCCACCAGCUGCUUUCUGAACGAGCGGCAGAAGAUAACAAAGUGCUUUUAGAUAUGGAAGCUUUUGGCAAGCUUCAAAAUAGUGAUGCGGAGCUAGAGAAACUCACACAUCAAUUAGAGUCACCGUCGCUAGACUAUUUGUCGACCUUUGCAGAGAAGAACCACCGUGUUUUGGUGGAUAAAACUGAGUAUGAAGAUCUCAAAUUCAAGCUGGAACAAUCGAUCACAGACAUUGCUCAAUCACACUCAAUGGUCGUCAUUCCGAUUUCUGAUUUCGAUACUAUCAAACUGCUAGCAGACGAAUCUCUUGAGACGAAGGCAGCCAAGCAUGACAAGAUAAUCUUGGAUGUCCACGAUAUGGAAGAGAUGAAGAACAAGAUCAACUCGCCUCCCAUGGAUAUAGUCGAGAAGGUUGCAACAGCUCAUGGAUUCACUUUGCUACCAACAACUGAGUUUGAAGCAUUGCAAGCUACUUCUGGUGAAUCCUUGGAAGAGAAAGCGCUUGCUGGUGAUAUGGUAAUUCUUUCCAAAGAAGAACAUCAGGCUUUGCAAUCAACAAUUAAGGAGCCUUCCCUCGACUUUCUACAAGAGAAUGCCAGGAAGCAAGACAAAGUCGUUGUUGACAAAGACGAUCUUGAACACUUGCAAGCAGAGUCCAAUCUCAGUAUAGAAGAACGGGCUACAAAUGCGGGUAUGGUUGUUCUACCAGUUCAAGAAUACAGCGCUAUUCAUCUGAAAGCAAUGAAUCCUGAUGUGGCAGAUAUUAGAGAGGCUGCCUCGAAAAAUGGACUUGCUCUUGUAUCAGUUGAUGAACUUGCUGACUUGAAGUCUCUUCAUGACAAUCCGAAACCUGAAAAUUUGAGCAGCCUAGCACAAAAGAUUGGUUUUGCUGUCUUCCCUGUUGCAGAAUUGAGCCAACUUAAGGCGAAUGCUAGUCGCACAUUGGAUGACCAUUUACGAGACUCACAUCAAAAGGCGAUCAGCGAAAAAGAGUAUGAUGAGUUGCUACUCAAGGCUAACAAACCUUCAAUUGAGGAGAUUACAAAGGUUGCUCUCAAUAAUGGUAUGGUUGUGGUUCCUGAAGAAGAAUAUGCAAGUUUAAAAGCUAGAGAUGGAGAAUCUCUUGAAUCAAAAGCAAGGAAGGAAGGUCUCGUAAUUGUUGACGAAAAGAAAUUUUCUGCCGUAAAGGAGUUGCUUGACGAGCCAUUAAACGAAGACUCGGGAGAACGUACUUUAUCGUCGGGUUUCGUUGUGCUUUCAGCCAGUCGGUACAAAACCCUCAAAUCCCCAGACAUUUACGAACUUGCGGAAAGAAAUGGCCUUAGUGUUAUCGAUUCCGCGCAGUACACGGAAAUUAUGUCCAAGGCAGACCAAAGCGAAGAUGGACAGAAGAACAUCGCACUCGAAAAUGAGGAUGAUUGGGAUACUUUGAAAAACCAACUUCGAGACAAAGGCUACGAAGUCGUUCCUAAGAACAAGUAUGCUUUCAUGUUAUCUACUUCGAAUAAAUCUAUUGGUGAUGUGGAAGCUGAAGAUAAGCUCACUAUUCCAAAUAGAGGUCCUAGUGAGGAAGAAUUGAACAAAUUGAUACUGUGGUUGGAGGGUCAGGGUUAUGCGGUGAGUGCUUCUCAGCAAGACUUCGCUGACGCAGAUGAGUCUUUUGCGCUCAAUGCUGAAGAAUUGAAUAAAAGUGCUGGUAGACUCGGUAUGGUUGUGAUUGCGAAGGAAAAAUAUGAAAGCUUAACGAAGAACCCUCCAACUUAUAAUAACAAAGAGCUGUUGGAGGCUGCAGGUGCCGCACUUUCCUUGUCCGUCUUACCAACAGCCGAACUCAUGAAAAUGAAGCAAAAUUUGGUAGCUAAGGACUGUACCAUUUUUUCCUUGAAGAAUGGCAAAACAGCAAAUGAAUUGACAAAGGAAGAAGUUAUCCAGAAGCUGCGAGACUUCAACUUAAUCGUUCUUGAGAAAACUGAUUACCAAGCUUUGACAAACAAACAUGGCAAAGAAGUUGACAGUGCUUCCUGGACUGAUGAGGAGCUUCAAAAGAGAGCUGAAGAACUAGGCUAUGCUGUUGUUGGUAUCCCUCAGUAUCACCUGUUGAAAAGAAGUUCUCUUGUCCUUGAUGAUGAAAGUAAGUUCAGAGAAGAGGCCAAAAAAUUCAAGUUCAUUUGCGUUCCGGAAAGUGCAUUUGUUGCAACCACUGCAUCUAAGGUUGCUGAACCAGGGAACGUUACGCUUAUUCCAACAUCAUACUACAACAAGUUGUCGCGUGCUGACGCCAUGAAUAUCGAGAAGGUCUCGAAUGAGGUAUUUAAAAAGCAUGCAAAAAAAAGAGGCUUUAUCGAGGGCUCUUUAUUCAACUCUCCAACCACCCCAGUGAUGAGAGAUACUUCCAAAUUUAUUCCAGAAUCAUCAGUGUCCCCAGGUGCUCCAAGCUCCGCUGAAGUCCCCAAGCUUGGUAACAUUCCCAAAGCUGUUUCCGUGAACAGCAACUUGCAUGCUGUUUCCGACGUUGGAAGCGUCCUCGAUUCCAUUACAGGUUUGUCCAUUGCAACCAACAUUUCAUUUACAGACAAGUCAAUGAUUCCAGCUAUCACACAGGUUGUCAUCGGCGAAUAUUUGUUCAAGUACUAUAGGCGACUUGGUCCCCUUAGUUCUAUAUCUGCAGACCGCCACGAGAGGUAUUUCUGGGUCCAUCCGUACUCUUUGACACUCUACUGGUCUACAUCGAACCCUGUCUUGACAAAUCCAUCGGAGGUGAAAACUAAAGCCAUUGCCAUCACUAGCAUUGAGAGUGUGAGCGAUAAUAACCCUAUUCCAACCGGCUUGUACCACAAGAGUAUCAUUGUUCACUCGUCCACCAAGUCAGUCAAGUUUACUUGUGCUACAAGACAAAGACAUAAUAUUUGGUACAAUGCUUUGCGUUACUUGAUCAAUCGGAGCAUUCAAGAGCUUGACUUCGGAGGCGGAGCACGGGCUGCCCUGACGGGACCUCCUCCAAUUGCAGAGCUGCAAGAAGAAAUGGACAGCUUGCAUGAAAUGCAAAUGGACAUGGAAAGUUCUACACGCCAUGCCUUCCCAAGAUCUUCUACCAUCAAACGCAGCCAGUCACUUAACCGGUUUGGCAGCUUGAAGAGAUGA